CAGAACACACAGAACCUGAGAAAUGGAUCAACAUCACCAAACACUCUGAGCUAAUAUAAAUGUAAAUACAUUUCAAACAGCUUAAAGGACCAGGUCGUCUCUGCAGGGAGCAUGUAGCAUCAAAAACAGAGUUCAGUCGUCAUUAGAGGGUAAAACCUCCAGAGCUCUGCUGCUGUCCAACCCACACUCUCAUCAAAACACUUCCCCUUCAGCUCUCAGAAAAAAUGACUUCAGAGACACAAUGAGGAACCAACAGGUCUCAGCAACAGCUACUGGACAAUAUUCCUCCAUCUUCACUGUCAGAGAUGAAGAUGAAGCCACUUUGUCCUGUGAAAAUGUGAUAGAUGAUCAGGAUCAAUGUGACAGAACUGACUGGAUCUUUAUUGGUUCAGGAAGCAGAACAGUAACUCUGUUUGAACAUGGGAAGAUUCAUGAAGCAGCCAAAUCUAAAUCAGACAGACUGAGUGUCACAGAGAACUGUUCUCUGGUUAUAAAGAAGGUCACAGUUAAGGAUGUUGGUCGUUACAUCUGCAGACAGUUUGACAGAUCAGGACAACAACAAGAUCCAGAUGCUCUGGUUGAACUGUCUGUUGUUACCAUGACUGAACAUGAGGACAGAGAUCAGGUGACAUUAUACUGCUCUGUGUGGACAUAUGACCACUGUAUACACACAGUGAAGUGGCUGUAUGAGGGUAAAGAUGUGGCUACAGAUCACAGAGACGUGAGGACAUCAUCGUCUUUCUGCAGAGCCUCUGUGACCUUUCUGACUUCUCAUUACAUUUACAAAUCAACGUCUAAGCUCUUUUCUUGUGAAGUGACUGAUGGUUACAACGGGCAACAGUUUACCUUCAGCCUUCAGUCCUCACCUGAGAAGUCAGGUGACGACUCAACAACAACAACAACAACAACAACAUCUCCAACCAGUGACGCUUCAACAAAACCAACAGGUGACGACACAACAACAGCAACAAUAAGAAACAGUGUAAAACCAGGUGUGACCACGACAGCAACUACAACCAGUGAUGCUUCAAUAAAACCAACAGAUUGGUGGUGGUUUGUCAUUGUGGCUGUUGGUGUAUUGGUGCUCCUGAUGAUUGCCAUAGCAGUCUUCAAAAGGAAGAGAGCUAAAGGGAACAAAACACAGACGGAUGACAAUGUUCAGCUAACCCCUGUCCCUGCUGUGGUUCAGUCUGCUCCAGAAACUGGACUCCAGAAAAAGGACUCGGUCGAUCCUGAAGAUGGUGUUUCCUACGCCUCUGUCAGCUACACCAAGAAGACUGACAGCAAACCCCGGGUUCAUAAACAUGUUGGUGAUGAAAAUGAUGCAGUAACCUACAGCGCUGUGAAAGUUUCUUCCGCGGAUCCCAACAACCUCUAUGCGAGCAUCAGCUAACCAGACAAUCAAAACUCAUGUCAUCAGAUCAUUGCCUCUGUUCACUGGGAUUCUUUAAAUCAGAAUUUUCAUGAUAAAUUGGUGUAAAAAGCCUCUUAUCCUGAAGGGGGUGCUGUAGGAUAUCAAGGUUAAACAAUUUUACUGACUUUGUUGUUCAUAUUCUUAAUCAUUAUUUUCAUAUUUAUUCUGUUUAGUGUCAUCUUUUAUUGUUUGAUAUCAGAAAUUUGACCAUUUAAUCUAUGCUCAGUUACCUUAGCUGGUUUCAGAGUAUUCAAAGCAUGAGGAGGAAUGUGAUAUGAGCUAUUUUAACAACAUAAAUGAUGUCACCCUUGAAAAUUGAAUGAGUGAAAACUGUGCAGUCUAGAUGUAACUAUGACCCAUAUAACUACAGAGAAUUUAGUUAGUAGGAAGUCCAGUCAUUGUGAGGAAGUUACAUCUUACUGAUCAAAGGCUCUCGAUCAGACCAGAUAAUGUAUUUUUCUUUAAGAAGCAACAAGUUUAGAGGCUAUUACACAUCUGAGAUAAACAAAGGGCAAAGAGAAAAGCUGAUAUCUUUGGGCUGAUGACAGUCAUGAGCUUUGGAGAAUACUGAAAUUCUAUCCAUGAUUAACUGGGCCUUGGGACUAGAAAGAAAUGUACAAAUUGUUUGGCACAUUGUAUAUGUUGCUAUAGUGCCACCUGUGGGUGAAAUGUCAGAAUAAGUUUACAUAGUUGGCCAGAGUUGGUGGGCACUUGAAUGUGGCAGUAGCGGAUGAGGUAUUCAGGUCCUUUAUUUGGGUAAAAGAAACAAAUAUAAAGAAACAAUUAUAUAACUGAUGUAUUAUAAUGUAAAUAGCUUUAUAGCAUUGUAGCUGGCUGUGGUGGAGCUAAUUUUAUUUAUUUAAUAUGCUGUUGGGUAUUUUUUAUUUUAUAUGCUCUCAUAAGUGUAGUGCAAUUAAAAAAAAAACAGUGUUCCCUGUACUGAGUAGCCUUUAAAAUGACUCAAGUUAAGUACAAAUACCUUAGAACUGUAUUUACUGUAAGUACAGGUACUUUCCACCACUGAAAUUUGAUCUGAGUUGCACAAUGUAUUAAAGAUUUA